AUGCCCGUCCUGUUUGCGUCCGCCUGGCUCCCUGGGAGUCUGACAUCCCUGCCAGUUUCUCUGCCCUUCCUGCUGUUUGUUUUUGUCGUGGCAAUUGCCGUGAAAAGGCGCUAUGCGACCUCCAUCCGGGAUAUCCCUGGUCCCUGGCUGGCCUCAAUUUCGAGCCUCUGGCAGGUCUACCAGUUGAUCAAGGGCCACACCGAACAGGAGAUCGUGAAACUCCAUCGCCGAUAUGGUCCGUGCAUCUCCACCGGCAGUUUUGUUCGCAUCGCCGACAACGAAGUCAGCGUCGCCCAUCCCGAUGCGGUGCGCCUGUUGCUCCAUGCCAACAUCGCCAAGGGAUCAUGGUAUUCGAUAUUCAGCCUGCCCGACUAUCACUAUGUGAACCAGAUGUCGGAAUUGGAUCCCCAGCGCCACAUUCGCAAGUCCCGCAAUGUGGCGUCGGGUUAUGCUCUGUCAAACAUCAUCAAGUCCGAGCCCUUUGUGGAUGCCCUUUUGGGACUCCUCGAGGAGCAGUUCGAUAAACUGAUCGCGUCGGGCCAGCCGGUAGAGUUCGAUCGCUGGUUCAACUACUUCGCCUUUGAUGUGGUCGGCGAAGUCACCUUUUCCAGCCCGUUCCGGUUCCUCGAGACAGGCACCGAUAUCCGCAAUGCUAUCGCCAAUACUCGUGCAUUGGCAUUGUACAUCGCCAUCAUGGGUCACUACGUUUGGCUGCAUAAUCUCACCCUAGGAAAUCCAUUGCUCAGCCGGAUCGGUCUGCAGCCCUCGUCGCACAUCUUUGACACCUGCCUGGCUGCCAUCGAUAGUCGGAAGAAGAACCCCGACGUCAGACUAGAUAUGAUGGAGCGCUGGCUGCAUGUGCGGCGAGAGUAUCCAGAUCGCAUGGACGAGGCGGAGGUCUUUGGGGCAGCCGUCGCCAAUAUCGGUGCCGGCGCUGAUACCACAAGUGCCACGCUGCAGGCAUUCUUCUAUUACCUGCUCCGCCAUCCGCAGUACCUGCAAAAGCUGCGACAGGAGGUGGAUGAAGCACACACCCGGGGUGAUCUGUCGCAUGUGGUCUCGUACGCAGAGGCAGCAAAGCUGCCCUACCUUCAGGCUUGUAUCAAGGAAACCUAUCGCUACCACCCGGCUACCGGCACUGGGCUACCUCGUGUUGUUCCGGCGGGUGGUCUCACCAUUGGUGGACGCCAUUUCACAGAAGGAACACUUCUCAGCAUCAACCCCUGGGCUUUCCACCGCAACCCUGACCUCUUUGGGCCUGACUGUGACGACUUUAAUCCAGAAAGAUGGCUGGACCCUGAUCGAGCUAGACAGAUGGACCCAUUUCUCAUCCAUUGGGGGGCUGGAUACAACCAAUGCCCCGGUCGAAACCUGGCCCACUUUGAGAUCUCCAAGGUUACUGCUACUAUCCUGCGCGACUAUGAUAUCGAGCAGGUCGACCCGAAGAAGCCGUGGAGCUUUGAGACCCAUUUUACGGCUGUUCCGUACGGCUGGCCCUGUUGGCUGCGUCGGCGACAGCCUGCGGCGUAG